AUGACAUUGAAGGUGAAAGAAUUCUGUGAAGCUGAACAAAAGAAUCAAGGUGUUUUAAUACCACUGAACAAUGUUCGGAAGAGAGUCGCCGCCAUAACAGGUGUGUCAGAGAAAACUAUAACAAGAAUUACAAAAGAAGUGGAAGAAUUAUUAACAGCUCACGGACACGAAGUAUUAAGGUUGCCGCCUUACCAUUGCGACCUAAACCCGGUGGAGAAAGUCUGGAGCCUUGUAAAAAGAAAGGUGGCGGAUAAGAAUGUGGAACAAGAUCCAAAAGAAAUUGUAAAAUUAACUGUAGAGGCAUUUGAGUCUAUUACGGCGGAAGAUUGGACAGCUCAGUGCACGCAUGUCGAACAUUUAGAGGAGGAAUAUUUAAAAAAUGACGGCCUUAUGGAUGAAGAGAUGGACCGAAUAAUUAUAUCUACGGCUAGUGAUACUGAAACAGAAUCUGAUUCAGUUUCCAGCCACUCUUCAGACAGUGAUGUUCCUAUGGCCACUGAUCACAAUUAUUCAAUAAAACUC